UCUCCCCCUUCGACGACAAGACCCGCGCCUCGUCUGGCUGAUCGAAUGCGCCAACAAGCCUGUACACACAAUCAGUCUGCGUAAAUCAGGAGGUGGAAGCAUUUCAGCUCAGGUUCUUCAACGUUCAGACGGUUUGUUCAUAAAUACGACAUUUCCAUAUCGAAGUCGCCAUUGUUGGUAUAUUGUUGUGACUUUCGUGGACGGUUUAGUACUGUCAGACAAUGAUUCCAGAGCAAGAGGUGUUGCGUCCCAGUAGCUAGCCGCCUGUUGCCCACGGUGAAUCAUCAGGCGUCCAUUCCCUCGGCUGUGCCCGCUGGACCUGUGUCAUUCCGAUAAUUUCCUCACUUGUUGUGGUCGCCAUCUUGUUUUUUCGCCGAAGAUGGGGACCGUUUUAUCCCUGUCACCGCCGUCCCGCAGGCCUUUGAGUGAAGAUGUCAACAUCAACAACUACGGCUAUGAGGUGCUUGGUAACAACAAAAACAAUAGUAACAACAAUAAUAAUCAUAACAACAACAAUGGGAACGGGAAAGAGAAGAGUUUUAAGCGCCAUUCCAUUUUCCUGAGUGCCCUUUCGUGGAAGAAAUUCACAGUGAACCCCAAAAAGAAGGACAAAAACCUGAUGAAGUUGUCAAACUCAGCGUUCCUUCAUGGCACAAAGUUUGAUAACAAUUACAAUAUUGAGAAUUUUAACUUGAACAAUAACUUCCAAAAGUCUGUUUCGUGUUACAACCUGAAGUCUGUACCGGAAGAUGCCCCUGUUCCCGUGAGGACGACGUCUAUAAAGAAGCUCGAGAAGCCCCCUAGUCCGCGGAGGACGAUAAUUCAGGCUUCAACGUCUGAACUACUCAAAUGUUUAGGUGAGUUUCUCAAGCGUAAAUGUAAAAGGCUCAAACGAUUUGAAGCGUCGGACGCCAUCUUCUGGCUACGAAGUGUAGACCGGUCCUUGCUGCUCCAGGGCUGGCAAGACAUUGCGUUCAUCAACCCAGCUAACGUGGUGUUCAUUUUCUUGCUCGUGAGGGACCUUCCCAGCAAUGAGAUGGUUCGUGAGUUAGAUUUGAUGGCUUACGUUCUCACCUGUCUCUAUUUGUCCUACUCCUACAUGGGCAACGAAAUCAGCUACCCUCUCAAGCCUUUCCUUGUGGAGCAGAACAAGGAUAACUUCUGGGACAGGUGUCUCGUCGUUGUCAACAAACACAGCUCCAAUAUGCUCAGGCUCAACAGAGACCCAGGAUUCUUCACAGAUGUGUUCAGUGAACUCAAAACGUAUUCACCUUGUUUAUAAUGAAUGAUACUGCUCAGUGAAUGUUGCUAUCAAUUGUCUGUUUCCAAUUCAAAAUGUCAAUUGUAAUAUUUGUAUAAAGGAUGUUUACUGCUCAUUUAUGUUUUCUUUUACUUUCUGUAACUGAUAUGAGCAGUUCCUUGACUGAUAGUGAAUAGUUUGUACACUAUUUGUACUUCUGUUCCUUCAACAACCUCGGCGGCCGUUACCUACUUAAAUCAAGCUACUUGCUUUCUUUUGCAAAGGGGCAAGUAUGUCAACUAAAUGUCGUAGAAACCCACCUGUAAAAUAUUACGCGCUUUCUAAUGCUCAUUUCUUACAUGUAACGAGAAGUGCUUGAUCAGUAUACUGGUGCACUAGAUAAUAAUAAAUAACAUGCGUGUGUGAUUACAUUCUUUCAGGCAUGUUCCCUGUGUUUGAAGCAGGGGGGGGAUGAGCGUCGUUUCAAAUGACUAAGAUGUGUACAUAUAAAAUGAGCGUGAUAUCAAGCUGUGAUCGUGGUCAGAUCAUGUCUUCUUGCCUGUAAUAUUUUCUAUGAGAGAUUGAUAGAACCUUCUCGAAUGACUGCGAUGUUUGCAUAACAUAUUAUGUGCUAUUGACAAUUGAAUGUGGUGGGGCAAAGAGGUGCAUGUCCAUAUGUAUAUUAUAAUCCUUCCUGUCCUUUUGUCUACCAGUCUACAUAUCAGUCUAUUUUCUGUAUGCCUCUUGGUCCGUUUCUAUCUGGCCUUUUAUUUCCAUAGUAUGCACACAUAUACUAACACACACACACACACACACACAUACACAUACACACACACACACACACACACACACACACACACACACACACACACACACACUCAAACACACAUACAAACAACACUCAUACAUACAUGUUCAUACACGUAUAAAUGCAAAUAUAGAAAGAUAUAGGGAUAGAGAAUAGAAGAAAAAGGAGACAACUAUGAGAGGGAGAGAGAGAGAGAGAGAGAGAGAGAGAGA